UGUCAAAACCCAAUUUUAACUGUCAACUAAAUAAAACAAGUUUCAUCCUGUUGAACUUCGUAUUACGUGUGAUUUAUUUUUGAACUUAAUAAUCUAAUUUAAACAACUCAUAACACUAAUACAAUGGCAGAUCACGACGAUUUUGAAGAUAGCCAAUAUCCCGACAACGACGAGUUUGUGCCUUAUGUGACUGCCGGUAACCUGGGAAAAAAUGGCGCGAAAGUGACGCUGUGGGGCAAAGUGACCAAAGUUACGGCUAGUGAAGGAUUCUAUGUGAAAACGGUAGACGAUCAGGAGGUUCUUAUCAAAUUGAAGCAUCCUUUGAAUGAACCGUUAGAAGGCUGGUACGAGAUAUACGGAGUUGUUCAUGGGAAGACAGUGAUGUGUGAUGAAUAUGUUCCUUUCCAUGAAGAAAUGACAAAGAAUAUCGACCUUGAGGGUCACAAAGCGCUGGCGAGGUUGUUAGUGGCUAUUGAUGAACCUUGGAAGUUGGGAAAUGACCAAGAUUCAAUAAAAAGUUCCAUGACAGGUGUUGUACCAAUGGAAUGAAACUACGAGACAGUGAUAAAAGUUAUAUUUCUGUAUUCUUAAAUUAAUUUGUGAGAAAACAUUUGAUCAUGAUUUGUAACAGUGUUGUAAGAAGUUAUACUUUGUUGUUACACAUUCCAUUGUUCCCAUCCAAUACAUUGUUGGAUUGUGAAAAUAAAAUUUGUAACUCGGUCAGUGGGUAGCCUUAGUGGCUCUUUUUGGUCUGUAUUAAAUGAACUGUAGCUUAAAAUUAAAAUGAAUACCAGUUCUUGUAGAUUCAUUAACAUUUUUGGGCAAAUGUUAAAUUUACAAUUAGACUAGUAUAAGAUGUAAUAAUGUAUAAUUUCGUACAAGGAACAAUAUAAAUUUGUCACUUCUUAUGUCAUCCAAGAACUAUAAAUGUUAUUUUUAAAUGCUGUAAAAAUCAUUCACCUUGUUAUGUCUGAUGGUUAUACUCACUGCUUUAAAGCCAAUUGAAUUGGUUUAAUGUACAUUUUCUAUUUAAUACUGAUAGCUUUACAUAAUAUUAUAAGGUAUUUUUUUCAAAA